AUGUCUCAAAACUUUGUCAAAGCAUCUUUCCAGAUUCAAAACGGCCCUGCCUACGAGGGAAUCUCGUUUGGAGCGCAGAAGUCAGCAGCCGGCGAGGCUGUUUUCACCACGUCGCUGGUGGGAUACCCGGAGUCCAUGACGGACCCCAGCUACCAGGGCCAGAUUCUGGUCUUCACGCAGCCACUCAUCGGGAACUACGGUGUGCCUUCCGGAGAGGCCCGCGAUGAGUUCAACCUGUUGAAGUACUACGAAAGCCCUCACGUGCACGUGGUGGGUAUCGUGGUGGCCGAGUACGCGUGGAAGUAUUCGCACUGGACCGCUGUCCAGUCUCUCUCCGAGUGGUGUGUCAAGGAGGGUGUCGCGGCCAUCACCGGCGUGGACACCCGCAGCGUGGUGCAGUACCUGCGUGAGCAGGGGUCUUCUUUGGGCCGCAUCGUCGUCGACAACGGCGAGCCUUCUCCAGAGUACGUGGACACUAUGAAGUCUCAUCUCGUCGCCCAGGUUUCCACCAAGCAGCCUUACUACAUCGCCGGUCCAGCCGGCGCUGCUACGAACAUCGCCCUCAUCGACUGCGGUGUGAAGGAGAACAUUGUUCGCUGCUUGGUGUCUCGCGGGGCCAACGUCACUGUCUUCCCUCACGACUACCCUAUCCAAGACGUCGCCUUGCAGUUCGACGGUGUCUUCAUCUCCAACGGUCCCGGUGACCCUGCCUCUUGCGGCAAGACCAUCGCCAACUUGAAGCAUCUCUUGAACGAACCAAAGUUCGAGCACCUGCCCAUCUUCGGUAUUUGCAUGGGUCACCAAUUGCUAGCGCUUGCUGCAGGUGCUUCUUCGGUUAAGAUGAAGUACGGUAACAGGGCCCACAACAUUCCGGCUUUGGAUUUGACUACUGGCCAAUGCCACAUCACUUCGCAAAACCACGGUUACGCUAUUGACGUCAGCUCUCUACCGAACACUUCGUUUGGCGCGUACUUUGUGAACUUGAACGACGGUUCCAACGAAGGUAUCAUUCACACUUCGAGACCAAUUUUCUCUACGCAGUUCCACCCAGAGGCCAAGGGCGGGCCCAUGGAUACCGCUGUGUUGUUUGACAAGUACUUCAACAACAUUGCUACUUUCCAAGAGGCUAAAAGUGCCAAUGCCAAGAUUGCGGUUGCUUUUGAACUUCCUGUCCAGUCCAUGGCCAUUGAAAGGGUUAUCUGA